GAAAAAAACAAAAACUGAGGCCUCAUCCGCCAUUGAUGAAAACCAUGAAAUCAACUGCAAAAGUCCUCCCACCCUACUUGACUUUUACACACACUCACACACACAUAUAUAUAAACAGACAUUGUUGGAAGCUGUAAUAGUUGCUUUUGAAUAUUGAACUCACUGAUCGCCGAAAUGAUGUGUGGAAUUUGUGCGAGUGAUUGUCAAUGGCUAAUAUUUCAAUUCGCAAUGCUGCUGCUUCUAUAUAGCAUCCAUUUCGAGAAAGUAACUAGUUCUAAUCUACCACAAUCUCCGAUUGAGUCUCCUUUGAAUCCCCAACCUGUUCUUCCACUCAUUGCACCUUCACCAUUGAUGCCAUUCACAAAUAUCAGCAUGCCAAAUCUAUCAGGAAACUGUCCACUAAACUUUUCAAAUGCCGAAACUGCCCUCACUACAACAGCAAUCGAUUGCUGGGGUUCACUAGCUCCAUAUCUAGCCAACACAAUAUGUUGCCCUCAACUCGAUGCCACAAUCAAGAUCUUAAUAGGCCAAUCUAGUUUCUCUUCAGGAACACUUUCCCUCAACAAAACUCAUUCCAAAAAUUGUCUUUCAGACAUCACACAACUUCUAGAAGCUCAAGGCUCUAACAACCAACUUCUAGAAAUCUGCUCAAUCCACCCUUCAAACCUCUCAGAUUCUUCUUGCCCUUUUGUUCAUCUUAUUGAUAUUGAAAACACCAUCAACAUUCCUACAAUCAUUGAAUCUUGUGAAAAGAUUGAUCCUGUGAAAGAGUGUAGGGACAAAAUUUGUCAGAGUGCGAUUACAGAUGCUGCUGUUAAGAUUGCUUCUAGAAAGAUUGGAAGUCGUUUAUCAGGUGAUGACGUGGCUAUGGUUGAUGAUUGUAAGAAGAUUGUUCUUCAAUGGCUUGCGAGUAAAUUUGAUUCAUCGUAUGCUAAUAAAGUUCUACGUGGGAUUUCGAGUUGCAAGAUUAACAAAGUUUGUCCUCUUGUUUUUCCCGACAUGAAAAACAUUUCGAAUGAAUGUGGAAACAAGAUUAGGAACCAAAACGCGUGUUGUGAUGCCAUGGAGAAGUACAUGACUUAUAUACAAAAUCAAAGCUUCAUUACAAACUUGCAAGCUUUGAAUUGCGCGAAUUUGCUUGCUGAUAAUUUGCAAAAACUUAAUGUCUCCAAUAACAUAUACAACAUUUGUCACAUAAAACUCAAAGAUUUCUCCCUCCAAGUUGGAUCACAAGGGUCGGGUUGCCUUUUUCCAAGCUUGCCUUUUGAUGUGACGUAUGAGCAAAGCACAGGAAUUGAUUUCAGAUGUGACCUUAAUGAUAACGUUGAAGCGCCAUGGCCUUCUUCUUAUACUUAUUCUCCUUCUCCAAUAAAUCUUCCAGCACUUCCUAAAGCAACAUCCGAUCAGAGUGGGCUGCGGAGUACACUGUUCCUUUCGACUUUGUUGCUGCUCAACUUGUUCACGUGAUGCUUCUCAGACCUACGUACAUGGCCUGCUUUUUGUAGUGUAAAAUAGUUAUAAGAAUAAAAAAUAUCAUUAAUAUUAAUGUAUUUCUUAAAAGAAUUUGUACAUGUAAUACGUAUUCGUCCUUUUGGG